CGUGGUUAUGCAUCAAUGUCCACAGCAAUUGCAAUAUCACCAUCCAUCUCUACUCUCUCCGUCUUGUUGGCGUCAUCAAACUCACACCGUCCGAUCACAAUCGGACGCCCCACGCGCGCCGGCCCUCUUUCCGCCGUAACUGCAGACAAUAACAGCGCGUUCAUUUUCAGAACUGAAGAAGAGUGGGGAGGGGGAAAUGAACACUGGAUUUCUCAACUAACCCAAAGCAAACCUCUACUGCCAACUGCCUCUCUCUCUCUCUCGCUCUCUCUACCUCUCUAGGGUUCAUUGUUUUUCGAUCAGAUCUAGUUGUGAUGCAAGCAAAGUUCCUGUUUUUCCAAGGAAUGUCUCAGUGAUUUACUUCGAAUUUCGUACGGCCGUGUUUUUUUUUCCCAAAAAUGAUGCUCGCUGGUCCUCUAACGCCUGGCCAGGUGUCAUUUUUCACUGGCAUUGUCUUAGUAAUUGCAGCCUGGGUUUAUUCAGAGUUCUUGGAGUACAAAAAAACCUCACUCUCAUCUAAAGUCAGGCAUUCUGAUAUCAAUUUGGUUGAGUUGCAAAGCGAAACAGUUAAGGACGAUGAUAGAGCUGUUUUAUUAGAGGGGGGAAGUCUCCAAUCAGCUUCUCCUAGAGCUCGGAUUUCAUCAGUCUCAUCUCAGAUUUCCAGGUUCCUUAUGAUGGAUGAAUCUUUCUUGAUUGAAAACCGAUUGACACUGAGAGCAAUAUCUGAAUUUGGCUUCCUUUUGGCUUACUACUACUUAUGUGACCGUACAAAUUUCUUUAGUGACUCAAAAAAGAGUUACAAUCGGGAUCUUUUCUUGUUUCUCUAUUUCCUUCUUAUCAUCGUUUCAGCAAUCACUUCAUUCAAGGUACAUCAUGAUAAGUCACCAUUCUCAGGAAAGUCCAUACUUUAUCUGAACAGGCAUCAAACUGAAGAGUGGAGAGGUUGGAUGCAGGUAUUAUUUUUGAUGUACCAUUACUUUGCGGCCACAGAAAUCUAUAAUGCGAUCCGUGUUUUUAUUGCUGCAUACGUUUGGAUGACUGGAUUUGGAAACUUCUCAUAUUAUUAUGUCCGUAAAGAUUUCAGCCUUCCAAGGUUUGCUCAGAUGAUGUGGCGGCUUAACUUUUUGGUGUUAUUUUGCUGUAUUGUCCUCAACAAUAAUUACAUGCUAUACUACAUUUGUCCCAUGCACACUCUUUUCACUCUUAUGGUUUACGGUGCGCUUGGUAUUGGAAACAAAUAUAAUGAGAAUGGGUCAGUCAUAGCAGUAAAAAUUAUUGGUUGCUUCCUGGUGGUUAUUCUGAUAUGGGAAAUACCAGGAGUGUUCGACUUGGUUUGGAGUCCAUUUUAUUUCCUUCUUGGUUACACUGACCCAGAUCCUUCAAAAAAGAAUUAUCCCCCAUUACAUGAGUGGCAGUUCCGCUCAGGACUUGAUCGCUACAUAUGGAUCAUUGGAAUGAUAUAUGCGUACUAUCAUCCCACUGUGGAGAAGUGGAUGGAGAAGCUGGAGGAAACAGAAGUGAAACGUAGAGUAUCAAUCAAGACAGCUGUUGUGUCAAUAUCCUUAAUGAUGGGAUAUCUGUGGUUCGAAUACAUAUACAAGCUGGACAAGGUUACAUAUAAUAAGUAUCAUCCAUAUACCUCAUGGAUUCCAAUAACUGUUUACAUAUGUUUAAGGAACUUCACACAGCAUCUCCGUAGCUACUCGUUGACCCUUUUUGCAUGGCUUGGAAAGAUAACACUGGAGACCUACAUUUCUCAGAUCCAUAUCUGGUUAAGGUCUGGCGUGCCUGAUGGUCAGCCCAAGUUGUUGCUUUCUCUAAUCCCCAACUACCCACUUCUGAACUUCAUGCUCACAACUUCUAUAUACAUAGCAAUCUCUUACAGACUCUUUGACCUGACAAAUACAUUGAAAGUGGCUUUUGUGCCAAGUAAAGACAACAAGCGCCUGAUGUACAACUUGGUCGCUGCCAUAGCAAUCUCAAGUGUUUUGUACACAUUAUCUUUUAUUAUCCUACAAAUACCCCAGAUGCUGGUAAGAGUUAUGUUUCUGCACUGCCAUAACUGUCCCUACUGCUCCCCUACAAAAGGCUCCUUUUGCUUUUGCAGAAAUAAUUUACUGGGACGCAAACAUCUUGGUUAGGUUUGGAUUGCGGAAUGUCUAUUCUUAGGAUAAAAUAGUUAUAAUAAGUUAAAUACAGUUUCACAAAAAAAAUAUGCUAUUCAUAAACCAAAUAACAAACUCAAAACAUUUUAUGAAUCCAUAACAAAGAAUAGACAAGGAAUAACUUUCAAAUUUCAUAUUGGGAAUGCCUAUUCCUUUGUUAUUAUAUGUUGGAUGAAAUAAAAAGAAAUAUACAAGGAAUAACUAUUACCCGUACUCCCAGAAUUUUCAUUGUAUUCCCAUCUUAUUCUAGGCAAUAGCUAUUCUGCCAACCAAAUGUAAUCCUAAUUUGGUGCUGGGAUAAACUUCUGUUUCACUGUGCCUGUGUCUCUGUCGGUGCGAGUGUUGUUGGGAGGGUGGGGUUAGUGGAUGCAUCUUGAAGACAAUUACUGGAGAGAAAUCUUUAUGCAUAGAACUGAGUUAUCUAUGGAAGGAGCCUAACUAGGGUUGGGCAUGGUUGGUUAACUGAACCAUACCUUUAAACAAUAAAAAAAACUGAAGUUUUAAUUAACCAAAAAAGACAACUGAAUUGAAAUGUUUCAUACAGUCGACCUAACUUUGGUUUACCAGUUUUCACGUCCAGUUAACUUGAUCGAAUUGAUUAAUUUAAAAACUAUACCUUUCAUACCAUAAAGAAAUAAAAAAAAUAUUUUUCUCAGAAAUAAAUCACAAUUUACCAAUAUUAAGUGAGAAUUAAUCCCUCCAUAAAUGAAAAUUAAGUAAAAGAAUUACUAAAAAAUUAAAAUAAUCCCCAUUUCAUGUCUCUUCAUACAGAUAGUUAUAUAUAUAUGUUUGUAGUUUUAUUGUAUAUCAGUUCAAUCUGUUUUGGCCAACCAUACUUAUUCAAUGGGCUGAACCAAAAAAGAACCAUUAACUGAAUAAAAUUGAAAAUUCUGAACCUGAAAAACAGUCAACUGUUUUUUCUAUUUUUCUUGCCCACCCAUAGUGCUAAUUAUAUGGUGCAUAAUUCAGAUUGGUGGUAUAUCUUGCUCAGAUAUUCUAAAUAGCCAUUUGGUUUGGGGAAUCUUUGUGGAUGCCUGGGUGAAUGUGUGUUUAAGAUUUCUUGAUGUUCAUGUUUGGUUUGCCCUGAAAUCCUACAUGGACCAAUCCGGGAUUUCCUAGUUAUGAUAACCCGAAUUCCCCUUUCAUCCUAUUUCCAAGCGUAUGAUUUCCUGAAUCAUACAUUUAGUUGGUGCAAUCCUAUAGUUGGUUGAAUGGAGACCAGUUAUUGUUAGCCUGUUCGCUUAUUUCAAGGCCCAGGGUGUUUCUGUUGUAAUUGAUCCUUCUUAAAUUCACAGGUGUGAGGAUUCAAAAAUGUAAAAAGAGACCAAAGGAUUCGGGAAGCUUCUGUAUCUAUUUGCCCCGUGAGUGGUGCAGACACGAAGAAAAUUUUGCUCGGGCAUGAGAACUUUUACAUAUAUUACAGGAGAUGCAUAGGCAAUUGAUUUAUUGAUCAGCAGUCUGAUAAUUAAAUGGUGGUGUUAAUAUUUAAUGUCAUGGGUUUUCUGGGACAGUUAUUGUAUAGUAACGAAUGAAAGCUAUUAAUGGAUUCAACCUCCAAUUUGAGGUGGUGUAUUUGUCUUCUGUCAAUAAUUUUAUACAGCCGUAAACAAUUGAAUGUC